UCCAACCGCAGCGAGAACAGCUAGUGAAGUCGUCACAGUACAUCUGGAACGGGUCCGAAGGUGUUAGCUAAAGUAUCAGCGAAGAGCCUUUAAUCAACCGACUUUGAAAUUGGCGACUUCAUCUUUCCAGCGUGUAUCACCCAUCGCCAUCUCAACAUCAAAAUGAUGUUCGCGGCUUAUCUAGUAGUGUGCUUUUUAGUAACAGCGGCGCACGCUCAGAGUAAUUUAGAAGUACGACUGGUUGAUGGAAAGGAUAGACGAGAAGGCAGAGUUGAGGUUUAUUACAAUGGAGCCUGGGGAACUGUCUGUGAUGACUUUUGGGCUGACACCGAGGCUACAGUUGUCUGCCGAAGUCUCGGAUUCGAGUCUGGAACUCUGGCAGCAUUCGCUCAUUUCGGAGAAGGAUCAGGAGAAAUCGUCCUGGAUGAUGUAUCAUGUACUAGAAAUGAAACAAAUCUUGGUGAAUGUUCUAAUGCUGGUCUCGGCGUCCAUAACUGUGGGCACUCUGAAGAUGCCGGAGUCUUCUGUUCCGCUCAGACAGUAUCAGCAGAAUUACGACUGGUUGAUGGAACCUGCAACAGCGAAGGCAGAGUUGAGGUUUUCUACGACGGAGUCUGGGGAACGAUUUGUGAUGACUUCUGGGAUGACACCGAUGCUGGAGUUGUCUGCCGAAGUCUUGGUUACAGCUCGGGAACUGCGGUAGGAAGCGCUGAAUUCGGACAAGGUUCAGAGGAUAUGCCAAUCAUAUUCGACGAUGUUCGGUGUUCCUCUAGAGAUACCGCUCUGGAGUAUUGCCCGAGCAAUGCUCCUUUCGAUAAUAACUGCUCGCACGCCGAAGAUGCCGGUGUCAGAUGCACUGAGUGAAGACGAUGCUGAGAGAACGUGUACACCUCGAGUGUUACAGUGACCCGAUUUAAAGUUUUCUGCCACUCUCUUCCAUCUAUACUCUUCUUCAUGGCACGAUGACCAAGGAUUUAACUGUUAUCUAUCUCUAUUGCAUUUUAAAGCUGGUAUUAUAAAACACAUUGAGAUAUAGCGUUCAUCUUUAAUGAUAGGGACCCGUUAUAAAGAUGCUUAAGUUGGCUUUGUGUAGUGCAAAGCUGUCUCAUUUUUUUACCAGUUGCUCGUGCUUUUUUAUAAUAAUUGAAUACCAGGGUAGUCGUUUUUCAUAGAACUUAUAACGGUGUAAGUUAUAACAAGCCGAAAAGAUAGUAGAUGAUUCCAUUAACUGAAAAAAUAUCAAGAACUAUAUAAUCUUUAACACUGACGAUCAUGGACAAUUUUAUCACAAUGAUAUCGAAAUAACAUAUGGUAUGCAUUGAUAUAAUCAAUUUUAUUAAUCAGUCAUAAUGAAAGUCACAUUUUAAAAGAUGAUCAAUAUCGGUCAAGUGUCAUUGUGUAAUAUAUCAUGUCUAAAAGACAUAAAUUAUACAGAAGUACGUAUUAUAUGAUUACAUUUUUGUGGGUUUUCUUUACAUAAAAUUUCAAAUCUAAAGCGGAAGUAAAUUAAUUCGAACAUACAUUUUUAUUAGAUAUCCAAUCGUUAAGGGGGACGGAUAUUUCAAUAUUUAAAAUCGUACUUUCCACAUGAUUAUGAUAUUGAUAGAUAAUCGCAAUUGGUGAUAAAAUGUGAGAUAAAACUAUUUUGAUUUGUGAAAUCUUGGAGUUAUUCGUCGGUAUAAAAAUGCUUUGUGUUGGACUGUUGGUUUUCUUAGAUGCAAAGAAUUUGAUGGUCGAACCUUUUUCACGCUUCCCUUCAAUUUGAUUAUGAUACGUUGCAGGGGCCUACUAACUGGAUCCAAAUUGAAAGUAUUCUAUGGUUUCUUUGGGAUUAAAGUCUUUCUGCAUUGCA